AGCAACCGGAUUGCCUGAACAUAGAUAAAAGAAAAAAGUGACGAUUACACCGAACUGAGAUCUAUCAGAAUCAGAACACGGCCCGAAAGUGCGGAUUUUGCAUCUCAGCAGCCGCAUCUUGACAGUUACAGGGCUCCGUUGUUUUUGACAUUUGAUGACUAUACAUUUGUACAUGAAUCCCUAGUCACUUGGCGUGCGUGUGUUUGUGUGUGCGAGUGUGUUUGUGUGUGAGACAGAUAACAGAUUGCUAGUUAGCGUUAGCUAGCUAUUGAGUCAAAACGAUAGCUAGACCAGUGGCAAAGCUAGCUAGCGUUUGGCAGUCAUUGCAAUGAUGGCCUCCGAUAGCGGUAGCAACAUGGAUAGAGAGAUGAUUCUGGCUGACUUUCAGGCUUGCACUGGUAUUGACAACAUUGCAGAAGCAAUUACUCUGUUAGAGCUGAACAACUGGGAUUUGGUGGCAGCCAUCAACGGAGUUAUACCACAAGAAAAUGGGAUCCUACAAAGUAACUACUCUAGCGAGGGCUCCCAGACCAGCCCCUACGGGCCCCACAGUCAGGCGGCCACUGUGGCGGCGGCGGCAGCGGCAGCGGAGGCUGCGUCAGCGACGGCCGGAGCAGGAGCUGCUCCGGCGGCCCCCGCCUCGUCCUCUUCCUCCUCGUCCUCCCCUCCCACGGCGGGCUCGGCCUUCUGCCCGGUGCUGCCGUCACGGCACAUUGUGGAGCGGCAGCCACGCAUGCUCCACUUCCGGGUGGACUACCGGCAACGCACAGUUGAGGUGGUGCUCGAGGACGCCAGUUCAGUGGGUGAAAUCAAACAGAUCCUUGAGACAGAGCUCCAGGUUCCCAUGGCCAAAAUGCAGCUGAAGGGCUGGAAGAGUGGAGAUGUGUCCGACAGCACUGUGCUGCGGAGUUUACAUUUGCCCAAGAACAACAGCCUGUACGUCCUGACCCCCGACAUCACCCCCUCUGCCAGCACUAGCCAGAACAGCAUGCUUCAAGAGUCAUUAAAUCAGAGCUUCCUACUGGUGAUCAGCCACCGUGAGGCCCAGAGGGACUACAGCCUGAACUUCCCCGCCAGCAAAACCAUCCAGGAGGUGAGGGGCCCCACCCAUCAGCUCUCUCUCGACCUGCAUGAUGUCAGACCAGCAGAGCUCAUGACCAGUCUGCCCCCAACAUGUGCGGUCACUCCGUCUGCAGCGUGCUGGGAUUUGGCGUGGACCAUGUUAUCGGAUAUCACGCAGCUGGACCCAGCGUCGACCCUGCUGGAGGCCAAGCUCUUUCCCCAGGAGACGCUCUUCCUGGAGGCGCGGGAGUAG